UCAUGUCGAUUAUGCUGAUGUCCGUUGAGGGUGUGAAAUUUAGCUUGUAAGUGGCACAGCAAAUAAGGUCUUCAUGCCGUUCCAGCUGGAAAUUACACGAGACAUGGAAGAAUACGAACAGGAGGUAUCUGUUGUCGAUGUAUACGACAUUGCUUCGGAGAUUGGUAAGGAGUUCGAAAAGAUAAUUGACGCUCACGGCACGGAAGCUGUUACCAGUUUGAUGCCUAAAGUUAUUAAUGCUCUUGAGCAUUUAGAAGGUUUAGCAACUAAAAAUGAACGUGAAAAUACAACUGUUCAGGAGCUGAAAUCAAGAAUUGCUCAACUGGAAAAUGAUAAAGUGGAGAAAGCUGAAGACAGACAACGUUUCGAGAAGGAACUGGAACAAAUAGAGGAACACUGGCGACAAGAAUCUCAUGAUUUGGUUGCAAUGGUGACACGUCUUCAAGAGGAAAAUCGGAAGCUGUCGUCCUCACUUGCUGAGAGAGAGGAUCACUUGCCAGAUGGAGCAGCUGAAGUGACCAGUCCAGAGGUAGAGGUUGCAGUGUUACAGAGGUUAAGGAAUCUGAUUGACCAGCAGCGAGAUCAAAUCCGUGCAAGAGAUAGAGAGUUGAGUGCAAAGUCUGCAGAAGUUGACAAUCUUUCAGCACAAGUGGAGAGGCUGACAAUGAUUGGGAAGGAGCUUCGUAGGAAACAUCGUGGUAGUCAGUCUCAAGUCCGGGGCCUGCUGGAUGAGCGAGCUGACUUCUUGGCACAGUUGCAGGACCAGCAUAGGGAGCUGUUGGGCCUCAAACAGAGGCUUGGUCUUGCACAGAAGGAGAAUGAGGAUCUUGCAAAGUCCCACUCAGAGGUCCCUGACCUGACAAACAAAGCUGUGUAUGAUCUGGAGGACCCAAACCGACCCAGAUUCACCACUGCAGAACUGAAGGAGAUUCUUCAUGAAAGGAAUGAACUCAAAGCACGAGUUAGUGAUUUGGAAGAUGAACUAGAGAUGUAUCGGCCAAAGUCCAGCGAAUCACGUCACAAUGUGUCGCUGUCAAGGUGGUCGCAUGCUCAGAGGAACUUCGGUGCUCGCCGUGCUGCUGCAAUGGCUGUGGUGUUCCCCUCCCCCUCUGUCCCCUCCCCUGGCAGACCUCCCCCUACCAGUGCUGACAGUGCCGUGGCCUCGCCCAGUUGGAGAAAAUCUGAUUCUGCACCUCGCAACUUACCAAACAGUGAGGAGGAUGAUCCCCCAGUACAGGGACCUUUGCCCUUUGAGCCUGAUGAUGCCCCUUGGAAGAAGUCAGAAUCUGGGAUUCGCAAGUUAUUCACUAUUCUUACUGCAUUUUCACAAAACUUACUUAGUCCUACAGAGCCGAAUGUUGUCUAAAGUUUUCGCAAGCUGUUUAGCGAGAGCAAUGUUACAUUUCUUGGGAGCAGCCCAAAACGAAGUCUUUCAUCGUUGUCCAAGAUGGCAUU